AUGUCAACAGCACGAACAGCAGAACGCAAUCAACCAUUCGCCUCCCAAUCUUUCUCCCAAAACCCACUGAAGACACGAGACGAUGUUGCAGCAGCAUGUGCAUCACUACUCGAUCCUCUGGAAGCAGGGUUCUCACCAGAAUGUGCUCUAGUACGUGUCGGUGGCACGGGCACAAGAUUCGACGAAACCGCCGCCCAAAUCGAGGGCUUUGCCCGCCCACUAUGGGGUCUCGCACCGCUUCUGGCUGGCGGCGUGGACUACCCAAAAGCACACCUCUGGACCAAAGGUUUCGCCUCCGGCACCGACCCCAACGGCCCCGAAUUCUGGGGCAACAUGCAAAACCUCGAUCAGCGAAUGGUAGAAUCCUGUCCCAUCGGUUACUGUCUCGCGAUCGCCGGCAAACACUUCUGGGAUCCAAUGACCGAAGCUCAGAAAACGAAUAUCGCUGCCUGGAUAGGUAGUAUGAACGACAAGGAAAUGCCUAAUACCAACUGGCUCUGGUUCCGGGUUUUCGCUAAUCUGGGGUUGAAGGCGAAUAAGGCACCUCAUAGUGCUGAGCAGAUUGAGAAGGAUAUGGUGCACCUUGACACUUUUCAUCGUGGAGACGGGUGGUCGAAUGAUGGGCCAGAAGGGUAUACGCAGAUGGAUUAUUAUUCGGGGAGCUUCGCUAUUCAGUAUUUGCAGUUGCUUUAUGCCCAGCUGAAUGGAAAGCAGGAUCCGAAAAGAGCGGAGGAGUACAGGAAGCGUGCCCAGACUUAUGCGCUGGAUUUCGUGCACUAUCAGGAUCCGGAUGGCCAUAGUAUUCCUUUCGGACGAUCAUUGACUUACCGUUUCGCCACCAUAUCUUUCUGGUCUUCUUUCGCUUUCGCCUCGGUCGAACCACCUGGUCCCUUGACAUGGGGUAUGAUCAAAGGUCUUGUCCUUCGGAACUUGAGAUGGUGGAGCAAGCAUCACCAUAUCUUCCAACCAAAUGGUAUGCUCAACAUUGGCUACACAUAUCCCAACUACUAUCUCGCAGAGAACUACAACAGCCCGGGAAGUCCAUACUGGUGUAUGCUCGCCUUCGCCUGCCUGGCACAACCAGCUGAUCAUCCGUUCUGGAGUAGCAAGGAGGAAGCACAUCCUUUCGCUCAGUCUCCGAGUCCACUUCCGACGAUCAAGGCGCUGAAGUACCCGAUGCAUAUCAUGGUCCACCGUGGCGGCCACACUUUCUUGCUUUCGUCGGGACAGAAAUGCCACUAUCCUCUAAAAGCCACGCAAGCGAAGUACGGCCAUUUCGCGUAUAGCGCCGCGUUCGGGUACUCGGUCCCCACAGGCUCAUAUUCACUCGAGCAAUUCGUUCCAGAGUCCGCACUCGCGCUUAGCGAUGACGGAGGUGAGUUAUGGAAAUUGAGGAGGGAAGUUGAGGAUGCACAGAUAUUGGAGAAAGAUGGCGUGCCGGUGUUGUAUUCGACCAUGCAUCCUUGGAAAGAUGUCGAGGUCAAGACGUGGCUCGUUGCGCCGAGCGAGGCUACGCCAAACUGGCAUUUGAGGGUGCAUUGUGUCUCUACUGGAAGGGAUCUGGAGAGUGCUGAGGGCGGAUUCGCUAUUCUUGGGACGGAGCAGAAGACUGGAAGGAUGUUGCUGCUGGCGAAGGAGGUUGAGGGUGAUGAGGGGAUGGUUGCCACGUCUGACUCCGCUCUAGUUGUUUCGAGGGCUGGUGCUUCGGGUGUCGCUGAGCUGCACAGCUCCACCAGCGAGGCAGGGAGGAAAGGAGGUGUUUGUAAUGUCGAUGCUAACAGUAACCUCAUCGAGUCUCGGACACAAUUGCCGACACUGUACGCAGAUCUUAAAGCGGGAAGCACGACGUGGUUCGUCUCUGCGGUCUUUGCUAUGCCGGCUAGCGGUGUAGAUAGAUGGCAGGGAAACUGGAGGAAGGAGUGGGAGAAGAGGCCUGAGGUCCCGGGAUGGGUGAAAGAGAUGAUGAAUCGAAACGGCCUCGAGUAUACAGAUAUGUGUGCGGAUUGUUGA